CAGCCCUCCACAUACUGAGGACAGACUCUCUGAAUGCUCCUAUGGCUCUCUGCUGAUCUGUUUCUUCUAUUAGACGCUGUUUCUCUUGCAGGCUCCCACUUCUCUGGAUGGAGAACCUAACGACUGGCGCUCCUCUUAAACAGCCGAUCGUUUUUAAACUAGUGGGUUUUGAUGUUCCACCAGGACAGGGCCCGUUCCUCUUCUUCUUGGCCCUGUUCGCCUACAUAGUGGUGCUGCUGGGGAACGGUGUGGUGAUCUGUGUGAUCAUGAAAGACAGGAACCUGCACAGACCCAUGUUUGUGAUGAUCUGCCACCUGGUUGUCUGUGAUCUGCUGGGGGCCACGGCGGUCCUUCCUCGCCUAAUGAUGCACUUCCUGAUGGGGCAGCAGAAGAUCUCCUACCUCCCAGCCAUCGCUCAGGGCUUCUGUGUGCACACAUACGGUGUUGCUAUGCAGACCAUUCUGGGGGUGAUGGCCUAUGACAGGUUUGUGGCGGUGUGUGAACCUCUCCGGUACCACUCCAUCAUGACUUCAACCCGGCUGCACUGCUGCUGCGCUCUGGCCUGGAUCGUUGCCCUGCUGCUCAUCGCCGUGCUCUUCUCCUUCCACAUGAACGUCCCGCUGUGCGGCCGGGUCCUCCAACAUGUCUACUGCAGCAAUCGGAUCAUAAUGAAUCAGGCCUGCAUUCCCACCCCAAUUAGUAACAUCUACGGUUUGUCCAUGACUUGGUCUGUGAGCACAGGGAUGUUCAUCAUCAUCGCCUUCUCCUACGUCCGAAUCCUCAGGACAUCCUUUAAGCAAGGAAGAACCGACAGCAGCAUCAGAACCAAGGCCUUCCAGACCUGCACUUCACACCUUGUCGUUUACGUCUUUUAUGAAAUAGCUACACUGAUCAUAAUCGUUAGCUACAGAUUUCCAUCUGCUUCUCAAAACAUGAAGAAGUUUCUCAGCAUCCUGUUCAUCAUCGUCCCGCCAGCAAUCAACCCCAUCAUCUACGGGCUGGUCAGUAAGGAGCUACGGGCCGGCAUAAUUAGACAGUUUGCCCCCAGAACCUCCCAUAAAAACUGACCCUAUAAUGCAGAAAAGAUGAUGUUGAUGAUGUAAUGCUGUAUAAAUCUGCUAUUUUUCUACUAAUGAUCCAUAAAAACUUUCGACCCAGCUCACUCCAGUUGUUCUGCGCUUCUAGUUUAAAUCUGAAGCAUUUUAAAAAAAGUGCUUCUAUGUUGAAGCACAUAGAAAAUGUGAGAGCUGCCACUGACCCUGCCUGUACCCCAACCACACAGUCCCACGACACACUCACCUGCUGUAACAUCCAGCUUCUGUUGAAAAAUCAUCUGUUGUGCAUAAAGUUUAGAUAAUUUCCUCAGCUUCCUUUCUAGGAAGCUUCCAGACCUGCAGCUGAAACAGUGUGUUUAACCUUUCAGUCACAGAAACCUCCUUAAUAAAUCUGUUCUCUUCAGCUGGACUGUUUUCCUUCACUUAUAUCACUUCUUUUUGCUGUACAGUCAAUUGUAGUUUGAAAAAUAUGCUCAAUUUAUUACAAUUGAAUCAUCAUAAUGCUGAGUUUUUCCUUAAAGGGAGUAGAUAAGCUGUUUUAGACACACUUUGAUUGAUUUUGCACAAAGAUUAUGUUUUGCCUCCAAGAUGCAAAGUGGAAUCACUUCUGUUAAGUUCAAUAAAAUUUGUCCCAUAGUUGGACCACCUGCACCAUCUAUACAUCCUUAAGCCAAUUAUAGCAUGAAACAAAAUCCUGACCUAAAUAACAUUUAGCUGCCUCAAGCAAAUUGCCUUUUGCUCCAAUCAUACUCACCUUUGUUGUUAAUUUCCAUAUGUAUUCAUUGUAUUUUUCCUCUAAUCUUGUUGCUCAGUUUAUUAUUUAGUAUUUAAUGUUGUGACCUUUGUUGGGAUCCAUUUCAGGUCUUACGUUGAUUCUGGUUCCAGCCUGAAUAAUUGUCUCUUUGGAUAAUCACAAACCUCCAAUGCAUUCACUGAUGUACAUCUUUUUCUCUUUUGGCCUGUUUACCUAAAACCUGCUACUGGAAAACAAGACCUGGUCCCCAAAGAUCGCACAUGUAAUUUUAUAAGUACCUGCAAUAAGUUGACGUGUUGCAGUUGAGCUACAUAGAUCAAUGCAUAAGUUUCACCUGCUAACAUCAGCAGAGAGCAGAUGAAGUUCUAAACUAU